UAACGUUACUUGACCAUCACUAAUCCGCCUCAUUCCCAGCUGCUCUAUCUGCCUCAUGACAGACAGAAAACGCUGCACACUGACGGUUCAUAUCGAUGACUGUGUUUACGAUAUGAGGAGCCUGCAGUCAGAGCGGCACACACAAAGGCAGAAGUGAAGGAACUGCCCAUCAAUGGCCAACCCCACCCCUCUGCUUGAUGUGCUGUGAGAGAGAAGUGUGGACCAGAAAAUCUGUUGCCAGUUUGUCAUGGAGGAUACUCAGCCCAAACCUGCUACCCCGGAGCCCAUCCUUGUGCCCAGUCCGGCACCAAGUCCGGCACCCAGUCCAGGAACAAGCCCACUGCUGGAUGUAACUACUUUGCCUGCAGCAAACAAUGUGGAGCACCUGAAUGUGAACCAGAUCCAAGUGGUGGUGCGGCGCUGCUCCAGUCCAAAUGUCACAGAGGAGACCACCUACUUUAUUCCUCGAAACCCAUUAGUGGAUGCUGGCACUAACACAGACCCUCCAGUGGUCUGCUGCCCCUUGCUCCGCAGAUUCUGUCCAUGUCCACCAAGAGGCCUUCUGGCCUCUUUCAUUACCAAACUCUUUCUGGCAGCUGUGCUCUAUGGAGUGGUGUGGUCUAUUACUGAGAAAGAUGGUCUUCCGGGGGGUAACCUGUUUGGCAUCACCAUCCUCUUCAUCUGUGCACUCAUCGGAGGAAAAGUGGUGUCUCUCAUCCGUUUGCCCAAACUCCCACCGUUCCCACCUCUCCUUGGUAUGCUCCUGAUGGGUUUCAUGCUGAGAAACAUCCCAGUUAUAUCAGACUCAGUCGAGAACAUUAACUUAAAAUGGUCUGCGUCACUGAGGAACAUCGCGCUGGCUGUCAUUCUGGCCAGAGCUGGUCUGGGGUUGGAUCCUACGGCUCUGAGGAAACUGAAAUCUGUGUGUGUCCGUGUGGCUUCUGGGCCCUGCAUUAUAGAGACUUGCACCACAGCCCUGAUCUCUCACUUCCUCUUGGGCUUGCCCUGGGAGUGGGGCUUCAUCCUUGGCUUUGUGUUGGGUGCUGUGUCCCCAGCAGUGGUGGUGCCCUCCAUGCUGCUGCUGCAGAAGGACGGUUACGGCGUGGAGCAGGGCAUCCCCACCCUGCUGAUGGCUGCCGGCAGCUUCGACGACGUUCUCGCCAUCACAGGGUUCACCACGUGUUUGGGCAUGGCCUUCGCCACAGGCUCCACUUGGUUCAACCUCCUGAGAGGUGUACUGGAGGUGGCUGGUGGGACGGUUGUUGGGAUUCUUCUUGGCUUCCUCAUCCAGUACUUUCCCAGUGUUGACCAGAAACACUUGGUCAUGAAGCGAUCCUUCUUGGUGCUCGGUCUGUCCGUCUUUGCCGUGUUCGGCAGCAAUGUGGCCAGGUUUCCUGGCUCCGGAGGCCUCUGCACCCUGGUGAUGUCUUUCCUGGCUGGCCUCGGCUGGGGGUCAGAAAAGGCCCGUGUGGAGGAUGUGGUGGGGUGGGCGUGGGACGUGUUUCAGCCGCUACUCUUCGGACUAAUAGGAGCAGAAAUUCGAGUUGCUGAGUUGGAUGGACUCACAGUUGGUCUGGGUAUCGCCACGCUGCUCAUUGCCCUGCUGGUUCGAAUCCUGUUCACCUUUGUCUGUGUGUUGUGUGCGGGCUUUAACAUGCGGGAAAAAGUGUUCAUAGCCCUGGCCUGGAUGCCCAAAGCCACAGUUCAGGCAGCUAUAGGCUCCACAGCUUUAGACAUGGCCAGGGUGAAGGGCGACAAAGAGCUCGAGAAGUACGGCAUGAUUGUGCUGACUGUGGCGGUGCUGGCCAUCCUUCUCACAGCCCCAGUCGGAGCUCUUAUCAUCGGGCUCGCUGGACCUCACCUGUUACAGAAACCAAAGAACUCUGCUUGUGGUGAGCGAGUCAAACAUAAUUUAUCAGCCUUUUUACUUGGUACUCCAGCAGGAGAUGAUGAUGACAAUGAAACUCCUGUUACCUAUGAGAGCACACUCUGACAUCACCGGUCUUCAUACAGUAAGCAAGGACAUUUAAAGAGACUUCCCAGGUGCUUUCACACUUCGGAUAUCUGAGCUUUCCUUCAGCCACCGAGUGGCCCUAUUCGUCUCUCUAUCUGCCGGUCAGCUCCUGAUGUUUGCCGUGCUGCAGGAACACAUGAUUCACUCUGUAUUAAUAGCUCUGGUGCUUUCCAGGCCUCAGGCUCCAAACAAAUGACCCACAUCUGAGCGACUGCACUGUUGCACUCACUCUAUGACAGUAUGCAAGAGGUGGCUUUGUGAUUGGUCCCAAAUUAACUUUUAAUUAGCUGUAUUAGUGCGAGGCAUGAAUAUGGUUUACAUUUUUGUAAAGGUGGAUAUUAUUUCCGGCCCGUUAUAUUCACGGAAUCCACAGUUUGCCCAUUUUUUUAAAAUAUAAAACAUAUCCGUUAACUAUUUACUGUGGUUAGCAGGUCCCUCUUUGAAUCAGAGGAUCAGCGGUUUGAACUCGCUCACAGCCCUGCCCUAGUCGAUGUGUCCUUGAGCAAUGAUUGUAAGUCGCUUUGGAUAAAAGUGUCAGCUAAAUCUAAUGUAAUGUUUUUUUUGUAGACGCUGUUUCCUUUGGAGGGCUGCAUUAUUAAAUGCACUGAUAGUAGCAAUAUUUUUGUUUUAAAUUAGACCAGACAGUUGACAAGUCUUUAGGUGUUCUGCACUCGGUACAAUAUUUGUACAGAUGUGUGUAUUUAAAUAAGUGUAUUAGCUGUGUCUUGGAUGAGAAGGGUUUCUGUAAAUACUCAGGGGAAAAUAAUUCACACCACUUUCCUUUUGGUUUCCACGAUGCUGCUAAAACUACUGCGAGCACUGUCCGCUUUUAAUGCUCAACAUGUGUCCAUAUUCAAAACAUUCAUGUAAACCCAACCUUUUGUAAGGGAAAGUUGAUUUAUUUUCACAUUUGAUACAUUAUUUUUUUUAUUACAGAAGUAUGCAGUGUAACUUCAUAUUUGACUUUACUUCAUUUACAUUGCCUCAUUGUGUAUUAGCAACUAUUGAUGAUAAAGCAACAUAAUUGAGCAUUAGUUUUUUACCAAAUAUUCUUAAAUGAACAAUAAAUGAAAUAACUGUU